AUGAAUUGGUGGAAUUCAUUGGAGAAAGCAGGCAACAUUUCAAAAUUUGCGAUCACAGCCUUGAAAAGUGCCCAACAAAAAAUAGAUGAAGUCCUCGAUAUCACGGAUGAAGCUAAUAAUCAAAACGCACUGCCUACGCUAUUCGAAUAUUCAACUAGACAAGUUGACGCAACGGAAACAGUAGUAUCUUUUAAACUAAAUGAAUCAAGUCGUUGUGAACCGAAACCGAAGAAAUCUGAGUGUGAAGUAGGCAGCGAUUGUGGAGAUUUGGAGACAUCUUGUUCAACAAGGUUGAGAAGUCAUCACUCACCUCUUGUGGAUUCUCUGGAAAAAGUUGUUUACGAUCAAUCAGACAAUUUCGCAUCCAGUGAUUCUGAUAAGGUGCUAACUGAUGAGAACACUAAAACUGAUGAGUUGUGGGAAAUAGAUUCUACAUUAGUUAAUGAUUGUUCUACUGUCACUGAACAAAAAACAUCACAGGAUUUAUGUGAAAAAAAGUGUGAUGCACCAAAAGUAACAAUUUCUUCGGAAUACAUUGCACAAGAAUCAGCUGUUGAUGCAAAUUCGCAAUUGUCAUCCCUAGAAAAGGAAUUGCAGUUAGUGAAUAAAUCAAUUCCCAAUGAAGAUAUAACCUCUUUGCAUCGUUCUUCAUCUGAUGUAGUACUACCAUUCACUGCUCAACCAGUAUGUGCCGAUGACGAUUUUGAUACUAAUACCACUAGUUCGGAUAUUGAAGUAAUUUCGUGUUGUAAUUCUACAUAUGGUGGUGAAGUCCACGAGUUACAUUCUUCUAAUACACCUACUGUUAUGUCUCCUGUUAAAGAGCCACGUCUGUCAUUGGGAUUCAAUCAAAACUCACUUGUUUUGCAAAAAUAUUAUCUUGGAGGAUUUAGUGCUCCGGUUGUUUUAAACAAAUGUUCUAGUGGUCCUGAACAUCGUAGAUCUGUUAGUGUUUCGCAAGAUUUAUGUAUGGGUUUGCAAAAUACUAUUGACGAUGAUUUGACAUUUGCCUAUCAUGACCUCGCUAAGAAGUUCUCCGAAGUCAAACAUUUACUAAAUGUUCGUGAAGCAAAAAUUAUGCAACUUAGCCAUGAGAACAACGUACUACAGAAUUCAGUCUCAAUAUUGCAAGAGCAAUUAAAAACUACACUGACCACACAAGAAAUUGUCACUACUGAUGUGUCCAGUAUUACCUCAGAGUUUUCUCAACGUUUAUCAGAUACAGAGAAACGGUUACAGGUUGUUUGUCGUGAACGAGACCAAUUGAAAAAAAGUUUAUCGUCAGUGAAACAAAAAAUUCCGGUGAUCACACGUGCUGUAGGUGAUGAUAAACCUUUUGUAAAUAAUGAUAUAAAACGUGUAAAUGAAUUAGAGAAUGUAAUUUUGCAGAAAAAUGAAGAAAUUGAGAAUUUAUUAAAAGAAGGUCAUAAAUUAUCUGCUGAUCAGUUGAAGACAAAUAAUCUAUUAAAAAAGCUUCGUUCAGAACAGAAAAAAAGCAAGCAGACAGAAGCAUCACAUUUGAAACAAAUUGAACAAUUAACUGUUGAAGUUCAACGGCUGCGAAGCAGUUUAGAAAAUAAGGAAGAGAUACUUGGUAUUCAACUAACCAAUUCUACUAGACAAACGAAAGUGAUAAAUAAUUUGGAAGAACAACAGGAAAUUCUUAAGAUUCAAAUCAGUAAGAAUGAAAUUAAAAUAUCUGACCAAAAACAGGAACUGGAGACUCUCAUCAAUGAAAAUUCAGAGUUGAAAGAACAGUUGAAUCAAAUUCACUGUCAUUCACAAGCUGAAAGUCAAUGUGUCGAAGAUUUAGAAAAAGUAAAGGCUGAAUGUGAAACCUUAAAACAGAAACUGAACAGCAAUUCAAGAGAUUUACGAGCAUUUAAAACACAACAUGAAGAACAAGCGAUCAAAUGGAGAGAAGAAAUUCAGUAUUACCAGGGUUUAUUGUCUGAUGCCCAGUUGAAAAUUGAUCUAUUGAAUGAAACAACUACUACUGCAACGCAACCAAUCAUGAAACAAUUAGAAAUUCUUCAAUCUAAUUUCAAUAAUCAAGCAUUUGAAUGGGAAACAAAAGAAAAACAAUUGAAUAAAUUAUUAGCUGAAUAUAAACUUACAGCCGAUAAUGCUCAAACGUCUGAAGAAUCAUGGCGAAGUCAGCUUCAAAUAGCAGAGGAUAAUUUAGCAGUGGCUAGAUUAGAAUUGAAUUCCUUAAAGCAGAAAUAUGUUGAUUUGCAGAAAAUAUUUACAGCAGAACAAGAAAAAUCACAGGGUAGCAUGUUCGAUUUACAAGAAUUAACUGUCAAACUGGAAACAUCUAAAUCUGAAAUGAAUGAAUUUCUUUCUUGUAUAAGUGAAUUACAACAAACAUUGUUAUCUGAAGAGCAACGUUAUAAAGCAUUAGAAGCAGUGAAUAAUAAUUUAUGCUUGCAACUAGAAGAAAUGAAAUUGGCAAAAGACCAACUUGUGGCAAAUAAGGUCAUCGAUCAACCAUUGAAUUCACAUUCACUUGACAGAAAAUCUCCAUUCAACAAUGAAGUAGCCAGUAUUCCAAAAACAUUUCAAUUUCAGUCUGAUAUGGUCAAUCAAGCUUCUAUGGAAUAUUUUCAAUCUCAUCUACAUUUGCGCGAAGGUGAAUGUGCUCAUUUGAAACGUGAAAUUGAACAAUUAACAGCCACACAAGAGAAGUUAUUAACUGAAGUUGCUAAACAAACAGCUCGAGCUGAGAAAUACGAAAAGUUAGCAGGUGUAAAAUAUACAAACCAUGUAAAUAGAACUUUAUCACAAUCAGAUCCCUUUGCUCCUACUACAAAUAAUUACCAUAAUCAUAAUAUUGGCGAUGUAAUUGAUGACAAUGAUCCUACAAUGGAAUUACAACAACGUUAUGAAACUUUAUUGAUUUUAUGCGGUAAAUUAACGGAAGAAAAUAAUGAACUUAAAUUGGAUUUAGCUGAUGUUAAAGAAAUGUAUAGAGCGCAGAUUGAUAUGCUUUUAAAAAGUCAAUAG